AUGCAAACGCUAGACGCCCGGACGCAGAGGAGCUUUGAGGAGUCAAAACAUUAUGAGCUUGGGCUGGAGUUUCAGGUGGUGUCAAAAUCUGCUCUUCAAUUUUCCUUUAAUCAGAAUGACUAUCAAAUAGUGGAAAGAAAUUAUAAUCUUCAUCCCGAUUAUCGACGAACAAACACGUACGGAGACUCAAAAUAUCCUGUAGUUCCAGGACAUGAGAUUGUUGGAAUCGUGCAAGAAGUUGGCUCCCAUGUCCACCGGUUCAAAAUCGGUGACCCCAUUGGAGUUGGAACAUAUAUUAAUUCAUGCAGAAAUUGUGAUGAAUGUAAUGGAGGACUAGAAGUGCAGUGUCCAGAUGGAAUGGUUCCCACAAUUAAUGCUGUUGAUGUAGAUGGAAUUACUGUUUACACUCCCAUGAUUCACCACAAGAUGAACCAACCUGGUAAAUCUCUAGGGGUGAUUGGGCUAGGAGGCCUUGGUCACAUGGCAGUGCAGUUUGGCAAAGCUUUUGGACUAAAUGUAACAGUUUUCAGUACAAGUAUAUCCAAGAAAGAGGAAGCCUUGAAUGUCCUUGGAGCUGACAAAUUUGUUGUCACAACUGAGGAGGAAGAAAUGAAGGCCUUGUCUUGA